CAUAAGUUACCUACCUUUUAAUUUAACCAUCAUAACUUCUCCUUUUACAAAACAAAACCAUCAUAACUUCUUAAUUCUUUGUGUUGUAGCUUUUAUAUACGUUAUGAAAGGCUUAUAUUAAUUUCUUAUAUAAAUAACUUUUUAUAUUCAUUAAAUAAACGUCAAUAUAUAAAUACUGUCCGUUGCUUACGUUUUGUUUUAGUCUUAUAUAAGUCCACUCACUUCGUAUCCUCCAGAAUGAUAAAAAGAAAAAGAAAAGAAAACAAUGAACAAGAUUAGUAUGUACGUGUGUUUGUUUAUGUUUUUUACGGUCACCUCCGCCCAAACCAGUCACGAUGGGAGAAAGGUAUUAUAUAUCGAGUUACGUUAGUAUAUUUUGAUUGCCUCUUUUAGAAAACAUUAAUAUAUAACAGCGUAGGUAAGAUGGUAAUCCAGGGUGGAUAAUGCAGGUCUACAUCGUUUACAUGGGAGCAUUACCGUCAAUCAACGACUACGUCACUAUUGAAGAUCACCAUUUCUCAUUGGUUCGUAGUGUCACCGGAAAAAGUUACACACCAAGCCUAAUUGUCACCAACUACGGGAGGUCCUUCGACGGGUUCGCUGCAUGGCUCACUGAGGAGGAAAGCAAGAAGCUUUCAGACAUGCCCGAUGUGUUUUCGGUUUUCCCGGACGGGAUGCUACAUCUGGACGUGAUCAAUAACGGUGGCAUACACUCGGGACUAAGAACUCGACACUUGUAACUUGUAGCCAUUGAUUUUUUUGUACUAACCAUACAUACUUUGUAUGUAACCAUCAUCAUACUAUUACAGAAUCUCUAGAUGAAAAACGAGAAAUUCUAUUUCACAAGAAGGGGCCGUGACUAUUUAAUGUCGCUGUUAUAACGUGUUUUUAAAAGUUGUUUACGUUAAUGUAUUGACUCACACUUGUUCAAAAAGAAAACUACAUAUUAAAACUUUUAAAAAAAGUUUAACAAUGGAAAACUUUAACCACCUGGUCAACCGGAAAAAAAAUAACACAUGUUCCCUUGUAAAGCAGUCUUAUUAAGAUCCACCAAGAGAGAUUUUUGUCAAAUUUUGAUAUACAAGAUGUUAAACGGAGAUCUAAUUAUCUUCAGUGCUGGAGUUAUUUUUUUUUUUAUUAUGUGAAAUCGAGUGAUUGUGCAACUCGGAAGAAUAUCAAGUGGGAAGCUCUGACUUUGAUCAAUCAAGAUAGAAUGUGCUUUGAAGCUCUGGUAAUUGUUACAUCACAAGAAGACUUAU